AUGUCAGAAUACGUAGAAGUUAUGAAUGAAUUGGAGAAUGAUAUGUUAACAGACGAAAAAGAAACAUUAGAAAAUCAUAGCACACAUUUCAUGUCUAUUGAAGAUCCUAAUCUGGAUCCCAAAUCUACAUCUCAUGAAUAUAAACAAGAAAUUAAUAGCAGUUUUUAUUUGAACGAAACAGAAACAGAAGUAUAUAAAAACUGUUCUGAUAGUAUUAUUUCUCUUGAACAGUUUAAAAAUGUAAAUAGUGGAUCUAUGACUUCUCAGUCCACAAAUAAUACAUUAAAAAACCAACAAAUCGUACUUACAUCGGAUAAUCCUUUGAUGGCAAAAAUUCAAAAUAUACUAAAAUUACAACUGUUGAAACAAAAGGAAAAUAUAAAAAAAGGAAUAUUAACUCUUUGUGGGGUAAUUAAAAUCAAAGAGAAAGAAAAGUCAUCGGCCAUUGAUCUGAUAAAAAGUGCAAACUGUCGAGUUGCAGCACAACAAAAACUAUUGAGCGACUUCCAUCGAAUGAAAGGGCAAUUGGAAACAGCAAAACAAAAGUUAAAAAUAAAUAUUGAACAAAAAAUGCAAUGCAACAAAGAAAUUUUCGCAAAAAUUGCAGACGAAGAAAAAAAAGUUUCGGUUUUAAAAAGACAAAUAGAAUGCAGUCGUGGAUUUUUAAACGAACUUAAUAAAUAUGAAAAAGAACAGGAAAUCACAUUUAAUAAGUGUAAUCAAACAAAAUCUCAGGCAAAACAAUAUAAGAAAAAAUUACUAAAUAACCAGCAAAAACAGGAUUUGUUAUUAUUGUCUCUAACUCAAGAAAAUCUGCGGUUGGAAGAUCGUAUUAAACAAUUAGGUGAACAAGCAGAGGCAAAAUUUAAUGAAAACGAAGUACUGAGACAAAAAGUUAUGGAUAAUUCAAUAAGUCUCGAUGCUAUUAAUAAAGAUAAUGUGAAGUACACAUUGUUAUGGAAUGACAUUAUAAUAAGUAUUCAACAAUGUGAAAAAUCUUCUCAGAAAAAAAUUAAAGACUUAGAAGAAGAGAAAAAUAAGUAUCAUAUAUUAUUGACUGAAUACUACAGUUACAAACGCAGUUCACAAAACGAAUGUCACAAAUACGAUGAACUAAUGUACUACUUAAAUAAAUGUACACAAAACCAAAAUAAUUUACAAAAUGGGUUUAAUACAUGUUUAGAAAACUUUAAUCAUUUGAGAGAUAAGUAUUUUAAUAUCUUAAAAAUGACGGAAAUUCAAAAUCAAAACUUAAAGGAAGUGAUAUUUGAACAACAAUCUGUUCAAAAUGAAUUAAAUAAAUUAUUGUAUUUAAAAAACAACAUAUCAAACCAAAAAUUAAUACAUGAAGAUAACAUUUUAGAGGAAUAUAAGAAUGAAUCAAUUACUGAUUGUUAUUGUCAAAAAAUGAAUAGCAGUAUUUUAGAUCUUAAAAAAAAAAAUAACGAGAACGAAUCAUUAUUAGUUAAGAUUGAGAACGAUGUUUGUCUAGAUCAAAUAAAACUAAAACAAUAUCGUACUACAACUUAUAAUUUAAAAAAACAAAUAAAAGAACUCGACAAAAAUCUGGAUCAACACGAUUUGUACAUUACGUCAUUGGACUCUAAACUUAAGAAACUAAACACAGAUAUACAAAUUAUAUCAAAUACGAUUGAAUCGGAGAAUAAAGAAUUAGAAUCUUUGAAAAAAAAACAAGAAGUUGGCGAUGAUAUGACUCCGCAAAUGCAAAUUGAUCAUGUUAGAAGUCAAAUUAAUGAUGUAGUAAAAAAAACUAAUGUCAUUAAACAAUAUUGUAUUCAAAAUCAAAAUCAAAAUGUAAAAUUAUUAGAUGAAAAAAAUAAACAAAUCGUUGAACUUAAUAAAAUGCGUGAAUAUGAUAUACAAAAUAUUAUAAAGAGUAGAAAACUUGAUCACGAAAUUGUUUCUUUAUCUAAAGAAGUUGAUCAAUAUAAACGAACACUUACAAAUAUGAGAAAUAAAAUUGUGAUAUAUAAUGAAGUUUUUGGUAAAAAUAAAGGGGAAAGUAAUAAACUUUUGAACGAAAAUGAAUGGAUACAAAGUUCUGCUUUAGUUGAACUAAAGGAAAAUGAAAAACAGUGUUUGGAGUAUAUGGACCAUUUGAAAUUUUUGAAAAAUGAAGUAAAUGAAAUGAAAAAAACAUUUAUUGAAAAACAACGAGAAAGUAAAUCAUGGGAUGUUAAAGUCCAGUCGCUGGUUGAUAUUAAAACAGAACUUAAGAAUAAACAAGGCAUUUUUGGUGAUAUUGAAGCUUCACAAAAGGAAAUACAUAAAAUGCAGAUAAUAGAAAGUAGAUUGAAAAAAGUGUUGGGCAAAAUAAUGAUGGAUUUGGAAAAAUGUAUAUCUAAACGAGAUACGAUUUACACUACAUUUGCAGCAAAAAAUACUCGUUCAAAUGGUAAAAAUGAUAAACAAAAAUUGUUGAAGAUUCUCGAUGACAAGCGAAUAAUGAUAAGAAAAAUUAAGACUAAAUGUAAAAAAAUAGACAAAGACAUUAGUAAUAGACAAAAUUAUAAAAUGGAAUUGGAGUGUAAGCUUGCACAUUUAAGAGAUAGAUUUAUCGACAUUGAACAAAAUAUGAAUGAUUUAACAAAAAUUAUUGAAGAUAUGAAUGCUUUAAAACUCAAAAAUUUUUAUAAAUUAAACUACAAGCAAAAUCUUGUUAAAUUCUUUGACGAUAUAAAAAAAGAAAAAUACCGUUUGCUGAUAAAAAGUGAAUCCAAAAUGAACGAAGCAAUUAAAGCCCAGAGUUUGAAGAAUUCCAAUUUAAUAACUGUUGUGGAAUGUUUAAAAAAGGAUUUUCUAUACUUGAAUGUUGAGUUAACACGUUUAUUAUUAACUCUUAAGUCUAUUGAUGAUUAA